AUGCCAGAAAUUGGUGAUGAUCUAGCGAUAAGAGUUCAAAUUCCCUCGGGAAAUAGAGUGGAAAGGAGGGUAGCUGGUCAGGCAAGACCACGAAUGACAACUUCGAUAGCGAAUCGUAUUUCGCGUAACGGUGGAAAUGCCAUCCCUCGUGUGACAGUGAAGUUACGAGGUGCUCCUCCAACUGAUAGACCAGUUGUGAGAAGAGCCUUGCAUAAGCCUGUUCAUGCAAGGCUGUCCACGUUAGCAGGUGGCGGGAAAGCGGCUAGAACGUCUCGAUCAGCUCCGAUAAGGAGACCCAUUGUACAACAAGAAUACGUGGUGGAUGAGGAUGAGUUAACAGCAGAAGAGGAAGAGUAUAUAGAUGAAGAUAUGGUUUGGGAGGACGAAGAGGAAGUAGACGAAGAGGAAGAUCAAUAUGAAGAGGAGGUUGAGUACAUGGAUGGUCGUCCAAGCGUCUAUCAUCGAUUAUCAAGGGUCACACCUUAUUAA